GGUGACGUGGUAAAGGGCUGAGAGAAUUUUAAUCAGGCAUUUCUCAGGACACGCGACCGCCGGGGUCUUUAACUGUCGGCCAAAGCAGAAGAACCUUGUGUGAGCAGCAGUGUUCGUGUGGGUGAGAUCUCACUGUUCAGCACGUAAAAUGACAGGACUGACAUAAUAUCUGGCUGGACUACUGGACUACAAAGCUGAGUUCCACCAGCAGUUGGUGGUUGUACAACACAACCACCCAUCACUUUGGAUAUCUGAUUUGAAGUUGACCAUCCCCCAGUAACUACAAAGAGACAAUGUACUGCCUCCAGUGGUUACUUCCAGUCCUGCUGAUCCCAAAGCCGCUGAACCCAGCAUUGUGGUUCAACCAUUCUAUGUUUAUGGGCUUUUACUUGCUUAGCUUCCUGCUAGAAAGGAAGCCAUGCACCAUUUGUGCCUUGGUGUUCCUCGCAGCCUUGUUCCUUAUCUGCUACAGCUGCUGGGGGAACUGCUUUCUUUACCACUGCCAUGACUCUCCACUGCCAGAUGCUGCACAUGAUCCCAACAUUGUGGGCACCUAGAUUUCAGAUCCUCAAGAAAUUUUUUGCAAAGCUUCUUGGACAAACCCUGGACAGUGUCUGACUUUGAAUGAACAGAUAUGAUAAAUGCUGAGAAAUUUCCAGAAGCCCUAUGUUAAUUUGAUACAAACUACCCUCUUGUUCCUACUUUAUUUUUCCUUUCUUAAAAGCAAAGAGGUCUCAAAUCUUGAUCCAUGGGUCUUUUGUGGUGUUCUGUUUUAAUCUUUCAACCCAACUUUUCAUUAAUUAAUUGGAUGCUGAAAGAUUCUAAUGUGUGAGCAUGUAUGAGUUUUAUCAUAUAACUUUGUUCUUCUUUGUCAGUUUAAGUCCCAGGGUCUGAGGUGACUAGAGGUAAAUGUCCAAAUUGAGCUUACUGUAGCUCAUGAGUAUUCAAAGUAAUGAACUUGUGUGCAGCUCAGUUUGUUCAAAUGCUGUUGCAGCUUUUAAAUCAAUAAAGUUCAUAAUGUGCA